UGCGCAGCGGCAGAGGCGAGACGCCAUCCAUCCAAGAACGGAGAGAGAGAGAGAAGAAACAAGGAGACGUGAGGGGAGAGAAAGGGUGAGGACAAUGGGGAUGAGCCUGGCACAGGCGGUGGCGGCGCUGAUGGGCACGUGCGCGCGGCGGCUGUCGCGGGCGGCGAGGCGGCUGCACCUGCGCCCGCGGGAGGGGCUCGCGGCGUCCUUCUCGUCGCGUGCCAUCGUGCCGUUCCUCGGCGGGGGCGGCGUGAAGAAGGCGCUCUCGUCAUCGUCGUCGUCCAAGUCGAAGAGGCGGAAGGCGGCGGCGGAGGAAGAGGAUGACGGGGUGUGGAGGAAGGAGAUAAUGAUGGGGGAGCGGUGCCAGCCGCUGGACUUCUCCGGGGUCAUUUACUACGACGCCGAAGGCCACCGGCUCGCGCAGCCGCCGCCCCCGCGCUCGCCGCUGCGCAGCCCACUGCCGGCGUCCGUCAAGCUCGCCGCCAACGCCGGAGGAUACUAGGGAGCACUCUGUUUCGCUACUAGUGUAUGGUUCUCUUGCAGCUGCUCUGCUUUGGCUGUUUCUUCUCUUCUUGCUUACCCUGUUCUUAACGUUGGUAAUAAUAGGUCUUUCUUUUUCUCUAUCCAAGUGACUAGUGAGUACCAACUAUGUAAAUUUUUUAUCGAAGCUUAGCUUGCCCUUGUCCUCGCCUCUCA